GGAUUUCCGAACGAAGUGUAGCAAAUAGCCUGUACUUUGUUUACGUCCCGUUGGUUAGCUGACAGCUGCUGUAGCGCUUUCCCCAAACAAACAACCGUGUCUGCAUGUCUCCGGUGGUUGGCUGGAGCUUCGUAAACUUUAAAACGAGUAUCCUGGAUGUCGAGAAUGGGAUGUUAGUUGAAUGAGGGGGACCCGUUAGAUGCCGACAGGAGGAUGAACUCCAUCACCGGUCGGGUUCUCGCCAUCCCCGCCGCCUCUGUCACCAACUCUGGAGCUUCAUCCUCUCGAGCCUUACAUGUAGAGCUCACAUCCCAGCAGAGACGAUUGCGUCAUCUUCGGAGCAUUGCAGCCAGAAACAUUGUCAAUAAGAAUGGUUCCCCACUGUUGGACACAUAUUUCACCCUCCACCUCUGUAUAGGAGACCGGAUAUCUCGAGGUUUUUACAAGAGUGAAGUCAUUCGAGACUCACUGAAUCCAACUUGGCGGAGCCUGGACUUUGGCAUGCUGCCGGACCUUCUGGACACCUCAGUGUCUUGCUUUGUGGUGAGGAUCUGGGGAGGACAGGAGGAACAGUAUCAGCUCCUCAUAGAGUGGAAGGUCAAUCUGGAUGGCCUCAGAUACACAGGACAGCAGAUUCGAUCCAGAAAUCCAAAUGAGAUCAUAUUUGGAUUGAAUGAUGGCUACUAUGCAGCUGACUUUGAUCAUAAGGAUCAGUCGGAGCGGAAGAAAAACAGUCUGCUUCAGGUUGACCAGAGUUCAGUCAGGAACUCCUACAGUGUUUUCUCUUUGCUCAGGCUUCACACAGCCCAGAGAGCCAUCAAGCAGACCCAAGUGACAGUGCAGAAGAUUGGGAAGGAGAUUGAGGAAAAGCUAAGGACGACAGCAACCUGCACAGAACGGAAGAAAGAACGGGAGUGCAUGCAGCUGCGUAUAGCCGUGCUGCGUAGUGAGCUGCAGCGGCAGAGGAAGGCGCUUGGCAGGGAGAUAGACCUGCGGCAGAAGGAGAGGGCACAGCUUCAGAAGAAAGAGGAAGCGUUCUCUGCUCAGCACAAGAAUCUGAAGGAGGAGAAAGAAACCUUAACCAAGCUGCAGAAGGAAUGCACUGCCAAGAGAGAGCAGUUUCUGAAGUCCAAUGCCCAGCUCACCUUCCGCUGUCGUCAGCUCCUUUCUGAGCUUUCCUACAUCUAUCCCAUUGAUGUGGCUAAUCAGUCAGAUUAUAUCAUCUGCGGAGUGAAGCUUCCAAACUCUGAAGACUUUCAAGCAAAGGAUGAUGGGAGCGUGGCAGUUGCCCUGGGUUACACAGCACACCUGGUCCUGAUGAUCUCGUGCUUCCUGCAGAUCCCGCUUAGAUAUCCGGUGAUCCACAAGGGUUCACGCUCCUCCAUCAAGGACACCAUCACUGACAGACUCACUGAGAAGGAGAGAGAAUUCCCCUUGUACCCUAGAGGAGAGCGGUUUCAUUUUGAAUAUGGGGUCUACUUACUCAACAAGAACAUUGCCCAGCUGAGAUAUCAACAUGGUUUGACCACCCCAGACCUGCAGCAGACACUGCCCAACCUGAAGAACUUCCUGGAACAUGGCCUUCUGGUCCGAUGUGACCGACACCAUGUCUCUAGCUCCAUCCCGGUGCCAUCCAAGUCCCAGCUUGGAGUGUCCACCACCUCAGAGAUAGGCUACCCCUGCCACACCAGCUCCCCAGACCGAGGCCUGAGGAAAAGGGCGAGCUCGGAGGCAGAUAAGUACAAGCCAACCCCUCCACCUAGCUACAAUACAGCCAUGGAUGAAGAGCAGACCCCGGUCGGCCUGGCACCACCCUCGCCUUCACCCAAACACCUGUCCUCAUCCCUUGAUGCCGGCAUGGCCUCACUUAACCUGACCAAGACUACGGAGGCCAAUGAGGAGGGAGAGCAGAAGAAAGGGAAGGAGCAGGGUGAGGAAAAAGCAGUGGAAGUGGAGAGACGCAGAAGCGCUGACAGAGAGAAUGAAGUAGAUCAAGAAGAAAAGACUGAAGAACAGCCACCCAGCAGCACAGGGCCACCUAAUUCUUCUGCAGUACAGGAAACUGAUUAACCCACUGGUCACUCUCCACACGGGGUCAAGUUUCUCCUUCAGGUUUUAGGAUGAGGAUCACAAGAGUGGCAGGUUGGAGCUCACAGCACAUGGCAGGGAUACGGUGCAAUUGUUUUUCUAUCAUUCUCCAUGUCCUGAUUUUUUUCUCUUUUUUCAAUUUUAAUGUAUCCCAUCAAUAUUAACAUCAAUGUUAAUGUUACAUCCACUGAUUCUCUUAUUCAGUAGACCAAAAAUUAAAUUCUGUGUCUGUGUUCUGUUGGAAUUUCUCACUCAGGCUCUACUGUAAUGUUAAUAGCAAGUAUCUCAAUCCCAUUGUCUGUGAUUUUGUCCCUCAUCUCCCUGAUCUGAAUGCUUUCUUGCACUGGUAUUCAGUUAUUACAUUAUUUAUGUCUCUCAACAGUUGUGUGUGCUUUGUUUCAAAAGAACUCAAUAUUUAGUUUUAUUCUCCCCAGUCACACAGGACUUCACUAAAUAACACUGUCAAAUGUUAGACUGAUAUCGUAACCCACCGGUUAUGAAUUGGGUCAUAAUGUGGUCCACUGCUUUGCAUCUCCUGCCAUGACAAAGAUGGACUCUCCACCAGCAGCCCACUUUGUAUUUCAGAUCCAGUACUGUGGUUGAUGACUGUUGAGAAGUAUUGUAUUUAAAACUAAAAGAUGAACCAUGUUAGAUCAUUUCCAUAAACUGCUAUACAGUUCAGUAAGUGACCAUGUACAUAUAAUUUUGUAUGGAGUUUUUCUUUUCUUUUUCUUUUUUUUCAGUUAUUAAAGACUUGCAGUCCAAUGGCAUGGAUGUAUGUAGCCCCCUUUAAAAGAUUGGUCUUCCUGCAUUUGUAUUGUGGGUGUGGGUGUGCUCAAGUUUGAAUGUGAGGUGGUUUUAGCCAUGAAAUUACAAUGUAGGAAAUAUGUAAGAUAUGAUGAUUUCACAAUAGUAUGAAACUGGACAAAAUCCAAUAUCUCCUAAAUUAAAAUAAGAGUCUACAACCAUACUACCAGCUCUGUGAGGCGGUGCUUUGAGCUUAAUGCUAAUGUCAGCAUGAUAGCAUAACUUCUUGAGAUCUCUCACUCAAAUCCACAAAUUAUUUACCUGUACCAAAUAUAAUAGAAAUCCAUCCAACAGUUGUUGACAUAUUUCAGCCUUCACCAAAGU